AUGGCUCCAGGUUUGGCAUACCGCCACGACGGACAACUACCUAGAAAGAAACUGCGCAAAGGAACUCACAGCUGUCUGCCUUGUCGGAAUCGCAAAGCUCGUUGCAAAUAUAGUGCAGGUGAUCAAGCAUGUGAAGGAUGCCUUUCCCGAAAUCUGAAUUGUGUCGAUCAGCAAUCCGGAGACACAUUGGCUGAAGUUGGGAGGAAGAGAACGACAAGCCAGAAAAGGGAUGCAGAACUUGAAGUCCUUGUCGGCCAGGUACUGCAGAGACUGACAGAAAAAGACGAGGAUACUGGUUGUACAAAGGAAGAGCAGCGUGCGAUUGCGGCUCUUGCGAAGGUGCAGGAUGGGUUGACAAGUGGUACAGCUUCUGCUAACAGCAAGAUGUCUGCUGAGCUUUUGUUAUCGGAAGCGAGGUCGAAGGAAUAUCCUGUUACGGAUUACGACAGCCCACUCCCCAAGGGCCCUGUGAUGACCUUUAUCGAUGGUCGUUUUCAACUUCUCAGUGAAGUGGGAAGCGCCUUCGUACUUUCAUCCGCCGAAGAAGGCAAGGCUGAUUGUAUUCAAGCUUCAGCAACCACGGAGCUGAGAGCACUUAUACCAAGCUCAUCUGACCUCAAGUUGAUCCUUGGAGCUGGCCAGUCAGGCUGGAGGAUAUGGCAAAAAGCAUUCCCUGACGUAGCAUGGGACGACCUUGACAGUACUGGAAAUCCAAAAGCGGACAGCAUCCUUCUUCGAAUUCUCCAAGCAGCGCAGUCUCCAAUCCCCACUAAUAUCGCGAAACUUGUUCUGUGCAUUUCGCUGAAUAUCCAGCAACUUCCUCUAGAGACAAACUGGAGUCUGGCACGUCUGCCAACAUCCUCAUCAGAAUUGGAAAAGCACUAUCUUAAUCCGGUAGAAAGCUUUCUAGCAUCUGACGAAAACUCCGCCUGUACUGUCGAAGGGUUAGAAUGUAUGAUGGUCCAAACGCGGUUAUACAUCAACAUCGGCAAGCCACUCAAAGCCUGGCUGGUUUUUCGACGCGCUGUCAGUAUCGCUCAUCUCCUGGGACUACAUCGCCAAUCUGCCACUUCAAGCGAUCGUAUAUCGACUCGCAAACGUGGUUUAUGGCUCCAGAUCUGGCAAGGAGAGCGAUAUUUAUCACUUAUUUUUGGAUUAUCUCACUCAGUUUCGGAUGAGCAGUUUGAUUUGGAGAGCUAUGAGAGUGAGCUACGUACGAAACCUUGUGGUGAGCAAUUAUUGCUUCGGAUCAGCGUCAUUGCCGGAUGCAUCAGCCAACGAGAUCACAAUAUCACAACAAGCAAUAGAGCUCCAGACCCUCAAAUUACUCUUCUCAUAGAGCAGAAACUCGAAACAGCCAGGAUGUCAAUGCCUGAAGGUUGGUGGGAGACAAUGCCAAACUCUCAGAUGUCACUAGAAGCUAUCACAGACAUGACCGCCGCUAAAUUCGCGUUCUCGAACGUGAAAAAGCUACUUUAUCUCCCCUUUGUGCUGCACGUAGGCACACAUCCUUGCUAUGAACGUAGCAGAACGGCGAUCUUGGAUGCGUCUAGAGAGAUGAUUAUGCUUUAUCUUGUUAUGCGGGAUGAUGACAGGCCUUUGUUUCAUGUUUGUUACGUUGCUGAUUUUCAAGUUUUUACUGCUGCUUUGGUUCUUGUUUUGGAUCUUCUCGAUUAUGGGAGACCGUUUGAGAGGUUGGAGGGCGGACAGAGAGAUGGCGAUUGGAGGAUCAUAAAUAAUAUUACUGAGUGUUUCACACGGAUUGCCUCCAAGUGGCAUAACAAUGUUGCUGCGCAGGCUGCGAAGAUCUUGGAGGAUUUAGUGAACUUCAAUGACGCUCAGAGUGGUGAUGAUAUAUACGAAGCGUCGAUUCCGUACUUUGGCAAGAUUUCAAUCAAGAAGAAGCUUCAGUCGAGGGGGCAUUUGUUAUCUUCUCUCAACACGGAAGCUUUGCCGAUCGCGCAGGAACACACGUCGUUGUGGGACACGGCGGGGGACAGUCUUGUCUUAUUCGACAGCUGUGUCGUACCACUUGAAGACCCGUCAGGGUUGGAUUGGAUGGCAGAUAUAAAUUUCGAUCUUUGUGACGGGUGGGAUACAUUAUCUCAUUGUGCUCUACUAGGCUGA